AUGCGUUUCCUCUGUCUGCACGGAGUUGGAACCAGUUCCAAGUGUCUGGUCAUAUCAUUAUGUGCUAAAUCAUGUUCCCCAGCUCCUUUGCGUUAUGAAGUUGGUGACGGCCACACCUACGACUUCGUGGAAGGCAUAUUCCCCUACGAGUUGGCACCGGAGAUACGAGACAUUGUUCCGGCCGACGAUCAGGGAUUCUCGUACUUUGAUCCGGAUUCGGUCCCUGCUUCACUUCAAGCAGUGAAAGAUCUGGAGCAUUUUAUUGAGAGGGAAGGACCUUACGAUGGCGUUCUGGCAUUUAGCCAGGGUAUGAUGCUUGCUUGCACGCUUCUGAUGCGUAAAAUGCAGGAAAACAAAGCCCUGCCAUUCAAAUGCGCCAUCUUCUUCUCCCCUCGCAUGGCCCCACUUGUUCACGAGGAUCUCUGCAGAGGAAUCUUUACCGAGAUCGACCCACAAGAUCUACGCGAAAAGAUUGACAUCCCGACCACGCUGGUCUGGGGAUCGGCCGACCCAUUUGCAACAAAAGCCGUGGAGCUACAGCAACUCUUCCUGCCUGGAUGUCUCUCGACCGUUGUUCAUGAGGGUGGCCAUGAAGUACCGGGCUAUGCUUUCAAAAGCGCAUUGGCGCAAACAGUGAAAGUUAUUCGGAGGACGACUGAUCAGGCUGGCCGAGCCAGGUCCGCUUGA